AUGGCUCUGGACGGGGGCUUUCGCUUUGUGCUGUGGUUGCUAGUGUUUGUGGGGAAGCUCCAAGGCCACCAUGACCUGCCUCGUGUGAAGGGGCCCCUGGGAGAGGGGACAGGGACCCAUGUGUACCACGUGGGCUGUCCCCAGACCACGGAGAAAAGGAGUGACGAGGCUGGUUUUGCAAACUGGAUCCUGAGUCCCAGCUGCAAAGCCAUCCUGCCAGGCUGCCGGCCCCUCCCCGCCCGGGGCAGCCCAGCGUUGAGGGAGAUGGAGCCCAAGGACCAGCCGCUGGUGGUGGCGCUCCGAAUCCGUCCACUCAGUGACGCAGAGCUGCAGGAGGGAGCCACAGUCAUCGCUCACAAAGUGGGGGAGCAGGUGCUGGUGCUCACGGACCCCAGUGAGGACGCGGAGGACCCACUGCGUGCCCACCGGUCCCGGGAGCGCACCUUCAUCUUCGACACCGUGUUUGACCAGCACGCCUCCCAGGAGGAGGUGUACCGUGCCACUGCCCAGCGUCUGGUAGAAGGCGUCAUCUCUGGGUACAACGCCACGGUCUUUGCCUACGGCCCCUCAGGUGCUGGGAAGACACACACCAUGCUGGGCAUGGACGCGGAGCCCGGCAUCUACCUGCAGACCCUCACUGACCUCUUCAAGGCCAUCGAGGGGACCCGCGAUGUCACCGACUGCAGCGUGUCCAUGUCCUACUUUGAGAUCUACAACGAGGUGAUCCGGGACCUCCUGAACCCGUCCUCUGGGUUUCUGGACCUGAGAGAAGACGCCAGGGGCAGCAUCCAGAUUGCAGGCAUCACGGAGGUCUCCACCUCAAACGCCCAGGAGAUCAUGCAGCUCCUCACCAAAGGCAACCGGCAGCGCACGCAGGAGCCCACGGCCACCAACAGGACAUCGUCCCGCUCCCACGCGGUGCUGCAGGUCACCGUGCACCAGCGGAGCCGUGGCGUGGACCUGGCGGAGGAAGUGCACGUCGGGAGGCUCUUCAUGGUGGACCUGGCGGGCUCGGAGCGGGCGGCCCAGACCCAGAACCGAGGCAAAAGGAUGAAGGAGGGCGCCCACAUCAACCGCUCUCUGCUGGCCCUGGGCAACUGCAUCAACGCGCUCAGCGAGAAGGGCGGCGGCCGCGCGCAGUACGUGAACUUCCGCGACAGCAAGCUCACGCGCCUGCUGAAGGACGCCCUGGGCGGGAACAGCCACACCAUCAUGAUCGCCCACAUCAGCCCGGCCAGCACCUGCUUUGAGGAGUCACGGACCACGCUGCUGUACGCCUACAGGGCCAAGAACAUCAAGACCAGGGUCAAGCGCAACCUGCUGAACGUGUCCUACCGCAUCGCGCAAUACACGGACGUCAUCUCCCACCUGCGUGGCGAGAUCGAGCACCUCAAGUCCAGAAUCGAGAAGCAGGAAAAGGAGAGGAAGAGCGAGCCUGGGGUCCCGGAUGUGCAAGUCACACUCAGCCCCCACGACGCGGAGGAGGACAGUCGCCUGCAGAUGAACAAGAUUCGGGCUCAGCUGGUCGGGGCCUUCAGGGAGCAGAAGGAGAUGCGGCGCAGCCUGGUGGAGCUGGAGAACACCACCAUUGAGCUGCACAUGGACAUGUCCCGCCACCUGCUGACCAUUGCCGACUGGGAGCGGGAGAAGAGCCACCUCCGCGCACACAGCGGCCAGGGGGAGCCCGGGAAGGAGGAGGCGCCCGCAGACGCUGAUGGGGACGAUGGCGAGUCCACGGAGCCGCACGAGGUGGCCCUGGCCAGGGAGGAGUUCAACCUGCUGUUAGCGGAGCAGCGCAAAACGGCAGCCCUCAAGGCGGGGCUGGAGCAGCGCCUGGCCCACGCCAAGCGGAAGGCCUCGCAGAUGGAGCAGCUGCUGCCCCGGCGCGUCACCAGCGAGGACCAGCGGGAGGUGCUGCGGCUGCUGUGCAGGGCCCACGAGCUGGAGGUGGAGAACACGGAGCUGCAGGCCAGCAACCUGUGCCGCAAGAACCUGCUGUGCCAGAAGGACUUCAUGAUCCAGCGCUACCGCCAGCACCGGCGGCUCUGCGAGCGGCUCGUGGCCGAGCAGCGGCGGCUCAUGCAGGACCGAGGCAUCCCUGUGCCCGAGCCCCUGGACAAGCAGUACCGCCUGUGCUCGCAGGAGCUGGCCGAGGGCGCCCUGGACCGCCUGCUGCUGCUGCACUCGGUGAUGGCCAGCUCCCUCCGGGAUGGCUCUGUCUUCAGUCUGUCUCCCCUGCUGGGAGAGUCCAGCCGAGACCAGCCCGAGGACCUGAAGGACCUGCCCUGGGGCACCCAGUGUGAGCUGCCCCCGACACUGCUGGAGAGUCACAGUGACAGCCAUGGGUCGCCGAAAGCCACACCAUCGACGAAGCUGGGCAGACAGGACUCGAUCCGGCCCCCGCCCCCGCUGCACACCCUGCUAGUGCCUCUGACUCACGAGAGGCCCGGAUGCCUGAGCAGGAAGACUUUGGCCCCAACACUGCGCCCCGCGGCCAGCCCGGAGCUGAGCGCCCUGCGGCCGUCGGGGGAGGCUGGCGGCUCGGCCCUGAGCACUCAGGCCCUGAAGGGGAUGGCUGCAGGCACCAAGAGCAUCGCCCUGCUCGCGGCCACCCGGCGCUGCAGGGCACAAGACCAGGAGGGCAGCAGCGGCCGGUCCUCCCGCCACCUCCCGGAGGAGACUGCCCCAGACCCCCGGGAGCGGAAGCCCAGCGCCACCCCGGGUCCCAGCCCCACAGACAGGAUGUGGCCCGGAGCCAGCCCGUGCAGAGACCGCUCCGUGGAGAGGAGGGGCGGGAGGAAGCGGUCACCCUCCCUCACAAGGAGCACGCAGCUGGUGGCGGAGAAGCCUCGGGGCCCCGCCGUGGAGCCGGCGGGAGAGAGCCAGCUGACCGCCGCGCCGGCCAAGCCUCCCGGAAGGAGCUUUCUCCCUCCCGUCCCCACAGCCUCCAGGAUCAAGCCCAGCCUCAGCUUCCACACAGAUGAACACAUGCUGCGCGUGCCUGAGGUCAGCUUCACCUUCCCCAGCGCCACGUGGCAGAGCAGCCCCGCCCCAAGCAGGGUGCCCGUCCUGCCCAGGGACCUCCGAGGGUCCGCAGACAGCACAGGCCGCCUCCACAGCCCACUGCCUCCCAGCAACCCCCACAAGCCACAGGCCGGCAGCGCCAAGAGACCGAGAAGACCCAAAUAGAUGGUGGCAGCGGGGCCGGCACACGGGGGUGGGCCGAGGACCUGACCCGAGCACAGGGGCCUCUUUGCCCCGAAGGUGGAUGUCAGAGAUCAGGAUGUGUUAGGGGAAGCGCUCCCAGGUCCCAGCCUCCCACAGCUCCCGUGUGGACUCAGCUGCCCGGGGAAGGCUGCCCUAGAGGGUCCGAGCCCUUCCCAAGGAACCCUUCACUCCAGGGUACUGCCCACACCUGAGGCUUGGGCCACUGGAGGGACUGCAGGUAGGAGGCGGGGGACACUCUGUGCCCUCCCCUACAACGCUCGACCAGCUGCAGAGUGGCACUGCUGCCCCCGUACCACACACGGGCUCUGGAGAAGACCACAAAGUUCUCCCACUCCCAUGACGCCCCCAGCACCCACACACCCCGAUGCCCAGCGCGGCGGCCCUGUUGGGAACGAGAAGUGCUCGGCGCGUGGAAGUGGCACAGGGAAGCCGAGUGCACGGGCUCCGCCGGGGUUGGUGCUCAGUGUGUGGGGCUCCACGGUUUCAGUCGUCGAUCCCAGAGAAGCCUUGAGCCCCUGUGCAGAAAUGGGACCUGCACCCCUGGGUGUGGUUUUGGCGCUUGCUGUGGUUGCAAACCCAGGAGUCGGCCCUCGCUCUUGGGGUCCCCUUGUCUGGAGGCUGUGGGGUCAGAGCCACCUCAGGCAGAAGCCAACUCUUCUGUGCGGGGAUGGCCACCUGGCAAAAACUGGCAGGGCCAAGGUGGGGGCUGAGAAGACUCCGGAAGAGCCCCUGGCCCUCGAGGACGGGGCGGGGGGGGCAUCGUGGUCUCUUGCCUGAGUGGGAAGUGGGUCCUGGACGCGGGCACGCUGGCCCCUGGGCACCCCUCCAUGCCAAGCAGACUGCACAGCCGGACGCCGCGGCCUGGCCACCCCUGUAGUAGACCCGUGAGGGAGACAGCCCCAGCUUCUGUGGGCAGCGUGUCCUUUCUGGGCCUUCCUGAUGGGAGGAGGGUCCCAUCUGUCUCUGGGGUGGCCUGCUGGGGGCGCCAUCUGUGUCCUGUUCUCUCACCAGAAGGAACAGCCGCACCUGGGUGGGCCCAGCGACUUUGUCUUUGCUACCUGACCGCAGAUGUUGGAGCUGAUGCCUGCCUAGGUGGCAGGUCCCUUAGGUCUGGUGGGCCCCAGCCCUGCCACUGAGAGCUGGGGUUCAUGGACAGACUGCUUAUUUUAGGGGUCCUACAACACCAGGGCCGUGUUGCAGCAGCGUAGGUUAGAGCCCCCACUUGUGACGCUGGCAUCCCCCACCAGAGUGCCAGCUCGGGUCCUGGCUGCUCCACUUCUGAUCCAGCUCCCUGCUAACGCAUCUGGGAAGGCAGUGGAGGACGGUGGAAGUGCUUGGGCCUCCACCACUCACUGCGGAGCCUGGAUGGAGUCUGGCUCCUGGCUUCACCCAGACCUGACGGCUGGGGCCACUGGGGGCGUGAACCACUGGGUGGAGAGAUCUCAUUCUUGUGUCACUCUGUCUUUCAAGUAAAUAAAUAAUUUUUGAAAAGAAUUAUACAUUGAUUGUAAUAUGGGUUAGAAAAACAC